CCCCCAAUUGGAAGGCAGCCACACAUUCCUCUGCUGCCGACCAAUGGCCAGGGCCACCUUCGGCUUCGCCGUCCCUCUCCGCCACCUCACUCAUCUCCCCUUCGCCAAACCAUCUCAUUUCUCUACUCUCCGCGCUGCCACCACCGCCGCCGCCGGAAUGCCCGACAGCUCCAGCAAGCUCCACCCCUCUCUCGUAGUCGUAGGCGGAGGCGUCGACACAUUCACCCCCGCAUUCAAAGCCCCUCAUCUGCCCUACCUCCCAUACCCCUUGAUUACUUCCAAUCGACACGUCGAGACUAUAUUCGCCGCCUUUUUCCGCUCACUUCCCAGCGUCAGGUUCCGCCGCGAGUGCCUUCGCACUAGCGACGACGGCUCUGUUGCUCUCGAUUGGGUCUCCGGCGAUGACCGUAGCUUGCCUUCGGACUCUCCCGUUCUCAUUUUACUGCCAGGUCUCACUGGUGGUAGCCAGGACACAUAUGUGAGGCAUAUGCUAUUGCGAGCUAGGAGUGAAGGAUGGCGAGUGGUGGUAUUUAAUAGCAGAGGUUGUGGUAGCAGCCCUGUCACCACAGCUCAGUUCUAUUCAGCUUCAUUUCUAGGAGAUAUAUCCGAGGUAGUGGAGCAUGUUGGCAGCCGCUAUCCAAGAGCUAAUUUAUAUGCUGUUGGCUGGUCUCUUGGAGCUAAUAUUCUGGUUCGCUAUGUGGGCCAGGAAUCUUUCUCUUGCCCUCUUGCUGGUGCCGUGUCCUUAUGCAAUCCAUUUAAUUUAGUAAUUGCAGAUGAAGAUUUCCGUAAAGGAUUUAACAUCAUUUAUGACAAAGCUCUAGCAAAUUCACUCUGCAAAAUUUUCAGCAGGCAUGCACUCUUAUUUGAGGAUAUCGGAGGUGAAUUUAAUAUCCCAUUGGCUGCUAAUGCUAAAUCUGUUAGAGAAUUUGAUGAGGGACUGACUCGAGUAUCAUUUGGAUUUAAAUCUGUGGAUGACUACUACUCCAACUCAAGCAGUUCAGAUUCUAUAAAGAAUGUGACAAUACCUCUAUUAUGCAUCCAGGCUGAGAAUGAUCCAAUUGCACCAUCUCGAGGAAUUCCUCGUGAGGAUAUACAGAAUAAUCCCAACUGUAUGCUGAUAGUUACUCCGAAAGGUGGCCAUUUGGGUUGGGUGGCAGGUGCAGGAGCUCCAAGGGGAGCUCCGUGGACUGACGCCGUUGUUAUGGAUUUUCUUCAACACUUGGAUCAGGCAACUGCUGUAUCUUCGGCAAGUGUCAAUGAUUUCAAGCCAGAGAGACUUCAGCAGCUUGAGAGCAGCAACAGCCAACACUAGUACAAAGAAAGAUUGGGUGUAAGUCGUCAUGCAUAUGUAGGUUAUCAUAUGUCACCGAGAUCUUAAAUGAGAUAUCUAUGUCAUUUUUUAAUCAGGGAGUGAUCAAUUGCUGACUAA